CUGUUGAGCCGGUUUGAAAGUCAGCUGGCUUGUUAAGUGAAUUAAUUAUGACCAAGUAAGAGUGACGGGUCUCUUACUUAACAGUGGUCAGCUAAGGGGACGUGGAUGUCCUACAUUGCAAUGAUAUCAUUUUUCAGGUAUCAUAGUAGAAAACAGCCUCCAAGGCUGGGUGAAGUUAUGCUCCUGUCAUGCUCCACGUAGCAAAAAACUACUUCCUGAAUCAAGUGACAGAUAGUCAUUACUGAUGAGGUGCCUUUGGGUGUGGGUGUCUUGAGGGAAUGCAUUGUGCGUCACCUAUUUACUGGAACGGGACCUGCAGGGUCAGGCUCACCUGCUGCCACGUGGCUCCUGGAGGAUUGUGACCAGAACAGGUGAAUUCAGGUGUUUACAAAGAGGUGUGGUGUGUUUGUUCUCGCUCACCUCUUCCCUGUUCUACCUACCCGCCCUGUGGGACUGUUUCCUAAAGAGACAGAGGAGGAGGAGGAGCACGGUUGGCUAGAUUACCUACUGCAAUGACCGUUGACGGUUGUAGAGGUGCAAGCCGGUUUAAGGGAUUGUUGUCAUGUUUUUCAUUUUUGUAUUUACUGUAAAAAUAGCUCGGUGACUGUUUAGCAGCUUUAAAAAGCGUUAAGAGAAUGCGGUUUUUUAUACGCCGGCGGAUGUCCCCCCUUAAACUGGUGCUCCUUGGGGGGACUCUCUUCAUGGUGAUCUUGGUAGUUCUCCAGAGGGAUGUUGGCUCUUCAGCUGGAGACCCCUGGUUACAGGAUCUGGUGGUAAAGAGGGACAAAGUAAUGGGGAUGGUCCGAGAAGCUGUCAACAAUAUUGGCUUCCAGAUCGGCGCUCCACAGCCACCACCAGUAAAAGCGCAGCCUACAGAAGACACCAAGUGCCCCAGUGGAUUUUACACUCAGGCUGAGCUCAAACCUCACUUGGAGAGACCACCACAGGACCCCCAAGCUCCAGGGGCUGAUGGGAGAGCGUUUCAAAAAGACAGCAUGACCCCAGAGGAGGAGAAGGAGAAGGCGGAGGGAAUGACACGGCAUUGUUUCAACCAGUUUGCCAGUGACCGUAUCUCACUCAGCCGCAGUCUGGGGGAUGACACCAGGCCUCCUGAGUGCGUAGAGAGGAAGUUUCGUCGCUGCCCUCCUCUGCCUACCACCAGUGUUAUUAUAGUGUUCCACAAUGAGGCUUGGUCCACCCUCCUCAGGACGGUGUUCAGCGUCCUGCACACAUCUCCUGCUAUCCUACUAAAAGAGAUCAUUUUGGUAGAUGAUGCCAGUACUGCAGAGCAUUUGAAGAGCAGGCUGGAGGAGUAUAUACGUCAGCUGAAGAUUGUCCGUGUGGUGAGGCAGCCAGAGAGAAAGGGCCUCAUCACAGCAAGGCUUCUUGGUGCCAGUAUUGCGCAAGCUGAAGUUCUCACCUUCCUUGAUGCACACUGCGAGUGUUUCCAUGGUUGGCUAGAGCCCUUACUGGCUCGAAUUGUUGAGGAACCCACUGCUGUGGUGAGUCCAGAAAUCAGCAGCAUUGACCUCAACAGCUUCCAGUUCCAUAAGCCUGUGGCCACCAACCGCGCCUAUAACAGAGGUAACUUUGACUGGAGCCUGAGUUUUGGCUGGGAAGCCAUCCCCGAGGAUGCAAAGAAGCUACGCAAGGAUGAAACCUACCCUGUAAAAACGCCCACUUUUGCUGGAGGUCUCUUCGCGAUCUCACAAAAGUACUUUGAACACAUCGGAACAUACGAUGACCAGAUGGAGAUUUGGGGCGGUGAAAAUGUGGAAAUGUCCUUCAGGGUGUGGCAGUGUGGGGGUCAGCUAGAGAUCAUCCCUUGUUCUGUGGUGGGCCACGUCUUCCGUACCAAGAGCCCCCACACCUUCCCCAAGGGCACUGAGGUCAUCACCCGCAACCAGGUGCGCCUAGCUGAAGUCUGGAUGGAUGACUACAAGAAGAUCUACUAUCGGCGUAACAAAAAUGCAGCAAUUAUGGCCAGUGAGCACAGAUUUGGAGACAUCUCUGAUCGCCUGAAUCUGAGAGAGAGGCUUCAUUGCAAGAACUUCAGCUGGUUUCUAAAUACAGUCUACCCAGAGAUCUUUAUUCCAGACUUAAAUCCAGAAAAAUCUGGAUCUAUUAAAAACUUGGGGUCUAAUAUGUGCCUGGAUGCUGGAGAGAACAACCAGGGGGGUAAACCUCUCAUCAUGUAUCACUGUCACAACAUGGGAGGCAACCAGUACUUGGAGUAUACGUCUCAUAAGGAGCUGCGUCAUAACAUUGGAAAACAGCUGUGUGUUCAUGCGGCAAACCCGGUGAAGCUUGAGCUGUGCCGGCUUAAGGGGAAAGGUACCAGUGUGGCCCCUGAACAGGAGUGGGUCUUUACAGAGGAAAAUCUUCUGAAGAAUCCAAGCAGUGGACGAUGUUUAGCGAUGAAAGAAGGCCCGAUUUUGAUGGACUGCAAUGCUGCCGAACUCCACCAGCACUGGACUUUCACCUGACCUUCCAGUCUUCCCGCCGGGUGACCUUUGACACCUUCUACCCUCCCCCCCCCUUUCUCAAACCUGGCACAAAGGAGCCACAUCAAUAUUGAUCGAGUAGAACUUCACCGAAGCUGUGAAGCUUGGGGCGCAUACUGAAUGAAUAUUUAAAGGAGGGACAAGGUAAAGACAGUCACACCUGUCAGAUGCCUGGGGUGGUCUUAGUUCAUUUUAAAUUUAUUUAUGAAAGAAACUCUGCGAAGACAUUUGCUGGUGGUUGGGGAUCUUCAGCGUCUGGGCUGCGGCACUUGGGAGUGUCACCUUGAUCGUGGCGAAGCUGUGAAAACGUGUGACCUUAAAUGACUGGAUUUGCACCUAAACUUGGAAAAUUCUUCUUGCUUUGUUUGUUUUUGUCAGACACUGAAUGUGAUCAUAAGUUUAUAUCUUACUGAGGAGUAACAGAUGUCUGCUUUUUAAAUAAAAAUUAUGUUUUAGAUGAGGGCUUGUUUGUACACAGUAUGUUUUUUCUUUGUUUGUUUUGGCUUUUGGGGUUUUAAUAUUUUUGUUUUGUUUUUAAUUGCCAAGACUAUUCCUGAAAGUUUUAUACAUAAAAACUAAAAUAUAUUGGAGUUGUAACGAU